AUGGCAUCUCGUAGCACCGCCACCUCUUCAGCCGCGGCAUUCCUCAACGGUGGGCCCUCCACCUCCUCCUCCCGCAAGAUCGGCAACCACCCACGUCAAACCUCCUCCUCCCUCUACACCGCCUUCUCCCCCAAACAGAUCCAAGGCUUCAAAGAAGCCUUCAACAUGAUCGACACAGACUCGGACGGUCUCAUCUCCCCCGCCGACAUCGCCACCAUGCUAUCCAACCUCGGCAUCGACUCUUCCUCUUCCUCCAAGGAUUACAUCAAACCCGGAUCCGCAGGUGUCAACUUUACGCAGUUCUUGACGAUGUUCGGCGAACAUCUGGCAGAGUUGGACGAUCAGACGGUGUUGAUGGAGGCAUUCGAGUGUUUUGAUGAGAAGGACGUGGGGAGGAUCGAGGCGGAAGAGUUGCGGUUUUGGUUGAGUCAGGUGGGGGAUAAGAUGAGCGAUAGGGAGAUCGACAGGUUGUUGAGCGGACCGUUUAUGGAUAAAAGCGGCAAGUACUUUGACUACAAGGCGUUUGUAGAGGCGGUCAAGAUGUCGGAGCCUGCGGAGAUCGAGUAG